AUAUUCAAUCAAAUCCUUUUGAGUUGUCAACCAGUUCAGGUGAUUCAGACUGGAAACUUGAAAAUGGGGAACUGGUCAAAGAUGUCCUUGCACAAAAUACAGCAAAAAUGGUGAUGUGGUCAAAAGAAAGAAACAAAAAGGAUUUGAAUGCAUAUAUUUUAAGUGUCCUCCGGCUUGGAUUAUCUUUCAUUGUUGACCUGUCAUCAGAAUUCCCAAAUGGGAUGUGUACAUGGUUUGGGGAAGGAUGGGCUUUCUUAAAAGCUAAAGUGUAUGAACAUGUGAAUGUGGAACCAAAGCAGUUUGAGGGGAGUACAAAGGAACUAAUUGAUCAGAUUGACAAGCUGUGUUGCGCCUAUCAAUAUGUGUAUGCCCGAAAUUUACUCUUAGAUAAGAUGAAAGAUCAAUCAGAAACAACCAUUAACCAACAAAUAAUUGAAAUUUACCUUUUUAUUAUUAAUAUGUUUCUACGAGAUCCAUGCAUAUUUAUUGAUGAAGAUGGUCAACGAAAAAAAUUGACUGAAUUGGAAUAUGUUAUGAAGGUGAUAGCACCUAUAUUAGACAUUGUUUUCUCUGAUUUGAAGCAUCUGGUUGAACUCAGAUGGGGUGAGACUAUGUCAAAAGUUACAUCUAAAUCAAGAAAAAUUGACAUGAGAAUUGUACAUAGAGUUAGAGGCAUAGAGCUUAGCCAUACAGAAUGUGCUCGAUUUCCAACACCAGUCAAGGCAGUUCGUGAUCGUGCAAAAUUGUUACGGACCAAUAAAUGUAUCCUGGAUCAUUAUUUAAUGGAAGACCCAACAUUGGCAUCAACUGAUGAAACAGUGGUGUUUGGAUUGCAGUUUGCUGGAUUGAAUGGACAGUUUAUUGGUGUUGAUCUCCUUGAUGAUGGUCUUUACUUUGGAUUGGAGGGACCUGUUUUCAGCUUUCCCAUUCAGUUAUCACAAAUAAAAAAAUUGAGACGAACUCUUGAAAUCCUUUACUUUUUCAAG